AUCUCACUUACUUCUCCAUUUCUUAAUACACUAAUACACAACAUGUGUGAUCGCUCCCAAACACAAUGAGGGCCCGAAACCUCGAUCUGCUCAAUGUAUGGGCUCUCGCAUUGGCCCUCCUUAUUCGGGCCGGAUCUUUCGGGCUCAACACCGACGGCGUCCUCCUUCUAUCCUUCAAAUACAGCAUCACCGCCGAUCCAUUCCUCGCGCUGCAAGGCUGGAGCGCCGACGACGAGACGCCGUGCUCGUGGAACGGCGUCUCCUGCGGCGCUCCGGGAUCCGGGGAGGCCUAUUUCCGGGUCACGGGCCUCUCCCUCCCGGAUUCAGGCCUCCGCGGCUCCCUCCCUUCCACAAUUGGAAUGAUCCAACACCUCCAAAAUCUCAAUCUCUCCAACAAUUCCAUCAAUGGAUCCAUCCCUUCCACUCUGUUUUCCGCCGCCGAGCUUCAGUUCUUUGAUUUGUCCAACAAUCUGCUCUCCGGCACCCUCCCGGAGCUCGUCGGGAAGCUUCAGAAUCUCCGGCUUCUGAACCUUUCCGACAACGCUCUCGUAGGGAGCCUGCCGUUAAAUCUAACGGCUCCUCCGAAUUUGACAGCUGUUUUCUUGCAAAAUAACUACUUCUUCGGCCCGAUUCCGGCGAAAUUCGAUUCAAUUCAAGUGUUGGAUCUGUCUUCCAACUUGAUCAACGGAACUCUACCGCCGGAUUUCGGCGGCAGCCAUCUUUCCUACUUCAACGUUUCCUACAACAGACUCUCCGGCGAAAUCCCGCCGCAAUUCGCCUCCCUAAUUCCGGCAAAUGCGACGGUGGAUCUCUCACACAACAACUUAUCCGGUCCGAUUCCGGCGUCUGAUCUAUUCUCCCACCAAUCCACAGAUUCACUCUCCGGCAAUCCUAACUUAUGCGGCCAGCCACUGCAAAACACGUGUCCUGCUCCGUCUCCGUCUCCUACUCCCGCCGGAGAGGGAGUCCCACCUUCCAAUUCUCCUCCGGCAAUCGCUGCCAUUCCGAAAACAAUAGCAUCCAAUCCAUCAACGGGAGACCCCUCUCACGAGGAUCGUUCCGGUCUCACGACCAGAACGAUCCUCGCAAUAGUCAUCGGAGACAUCGCCGGAAUCGCAAUCCUCGCAAUAAUCUUCCUUUACAUCUUCAAAAGAAAAAAAUUUGCCAAACACACAACCAAACCAGAAGAAACGGCAAAUGAGUUCGACUGGGCGUCAUCGGAGUCCACCUCAGCAAAACGCAGCUGUCUCAGAAAGUGGACUUUCUCUAAAAAGCCACGUCACCACAACAAUGCCGAUGCCGAUGAUGAUGACAGUGAAUCAACCUCGAACUCCACAGAGUCAGGGAAACAAUUGGAAGAAAAAAACAACAACAAUGAGGACAUCGGGGCGUUGGUGACAGUGGACGGCGAGAAGGAGCUCGAGGUGGAGACGCUGCUGAAGGCGUCGGCGUACAUCCUCGGCGCGUCGGGCUCAAGUAUCAUGUACAAGGCCGUGCUCGAGGACGGCACCACACUCGCUGUCAGGCGCGUGGGCGAAAACGGCGUCGAGCGGUUUAAGGAUUUCGAGACUCAAAUUCGGGUGAUUGCUAAAUUGGUGCACCCGAAUUUGGUCCGGAUCCGGGGCUUCUAUUGGGGCCCCGACGAGAAGCUUGUGAUCUAUGAUUUCCUGCCUAAUGGUAGCCUCGCCAAUGCCCGUUACAAAAAAGCUGGAUGCUCGCCUUGUCCUCUACCAUGGGAAAUGCGGCUCAGGAUAGCAAAAGGCGUGGCACGUGGGCUAUCCUACAUCCACGAGAAGAAGCACGUACACGGAAAUCUAAAGCCCAGCAACAUUCUACUGGGCCCAGACAUGGAGCCCAAGAUCGGAGACAUGGGCCUCGAGAGGCUUCUCACGGGUGACAACGCCGGCUCGAGGGCCGGCGGGUCGGCCCGGAAUUUUGGGAGCAAGAGGUCGACCGCCUCGCGCGAGAGCUUCCAAGAACUGGCCACGCCCAGUCCCAGCUCAAGCGCGAUAGGACUUUCGCCCUACCACGCGCCCGAGUCCCUACGGAGCAUCAAGCCGCAUCCGAAGUGGGACGUGUUCUCGUUCGGCGUGGUGUUGCUAGAGUUGUUGACCGGGAAAGUCGUCGUAUCCGAUGAGACGGGACCCGGAUUGGCCAUCUUGUCCUCCACGUCAGCGGACGACGACAAGGGGAAAAUUUUGAGGGCCGCUGACGUGGCGAUCCGGGCUGAGCUGGAAGGGAAGGAGGAUGCAUUGUUGGUGUUGCUAAGAUUAGGGUAUAGUUGCAUUUCUCCUAUGCCACAAAAGAGACCUCAAAUGAAAGAGGCUCUUCAAAUACUUGAGAGGUUUCCAAUUUGUUCAUUUUCUUGAUUCAUAACAAGUGGUGAUAAAUGGGCCCUAAUUUCUGUAGAGAUUUUUGUAUGAAUGAUUCUGACAAAACAUGUUUAUUUUU